UGAGCCCUCUGUCCCCCUCUGAAGUUUCACACUCUCAUCCCAUCUCAUUGUGCUGAGUCAAAUGUAUUAAAAACAGCUGAUGUGGCUCAGAUGUUCCUUAAACACAAAAGAGUAAAAAGAACGGUAUAGGAUAAGAACUUAGUUGGAGUUUAUUAGCUGUUUGAAAUUGAUGGUGCACGCUUCUUUAUUUCUCGUAAACCAGAGCUAGAAUCUUCUCUCCCUGGAUGGGAUUUUCAGGCAGUGGGGAGAGGCCCAACUAACUUCGGAUGUUUGCAUACCCAGUGGUUCACGGGGGAGGUCACACGUUGUGAUCUUCAGGCGCUGCUUCACUGGUUUCUACUUUGUCUCUUGGGGUGAGCAAGGCAGACUGGCCUGCCAAGGCUGAGGAAGCCUGUAAGAGCGAUCCUUGCCUGGCCCACUUGUACAGGCUGUGAGCUAAAUGCAACCCGGAGUGGCGGCUAUAAAUAGCUAUUCAUUGUCAGUGAGUGUGAAAAGACAAGAGUCGGUGUGCUGGUCUGAUUCAGCCCCAAUUAAGCGGCUGUCUGAGCAGGACUGUAAAGGAAGCUGCUAAGACUAGAAAUCGAGUCCGCAGGCAGCGCCAGGGGCUGGACACUCACGGAAAGGGAAGCGGUUCAACGCUGGAGUUGCCUCUGCUAUGGCAAAAAUCAUUUUGAGGCACCUCAUCGAGACCCCAGUGCGUUAUCAGGAGGAGUUUGAAGCUCGAGGCUUAGAAGACUGCAGACUGGAUCAUGCUCUAUACGCACUGCCCGGGCCAACCAUCGAGGACCUGAGGAAAGCCAGAGGCACGCCAAAGGCUCUUGCAGAGGACUCAGACUCCGCCGAGACGCCACCUGGAGAAGGCAAAUCCCGUUUCCAGAUCUUGCUGGAUGUGGUCCAGUUCCUGCCCGAGGACAUCAUCAUCCAGACCUUCGAGGGCUGGCUGCUGAUCAAGGCACAGCACGGAACCAGAAUGGACGAACACGGGUUUAUAUCACGGAGUUUCACCAGACAGUACAAACUGCCAGAUGGGGUCGAAACCAAAGAUUUGUCUGCCAUCCUCUGUCAUGAUGGAAUCUUGGUGGUGGAAGUAAAGGAUCCAUUAGGGACCAAGUGAAAACUUUUUGAUUCCUGUCCAUGCCAUAGGAAGAAGAUGAAAGCCCGGGAAUGCUUAAACUCUUGAGAGAGAUUGCUGUAACUUGUAUGAGGAUUAAAAAUGUAUCCACAGCUCCUGGUA